UUGGCGUAUGAUAACAAUAAACAACCCUGGAACAAGAGAUCCGCACCAGCAGGAACUGUCGCUGUUUAGUCACGUUUUCGAGCUAAAAAUGGUCCGAAACAGCUACGAACAUUUGGAGUAACGUGUCGCCAAGUGUCCGGGGACUGUGGUUCGACCUGACACAAAGAAUUUUCGAGUUUUUGCGCCUUGUAGAGUGACGGUUCUCCCCUCCUUUAGCCCCCGUAGCUAGCCGCGGCUCAGUUCAUGUUUUGUACACUUCGUUAGUCUGUUAUGCAGUUUCCGGGGGGCUGUAGUCGUACUCGUUCUCCUCCAGUAGGUCUUCACUCCCUCCCUCUCUCUCCGGUCCCAUGUCUCGCUGGCUCUUCCCCUGGUCGGGCUCUAUCAAGAAGCGGGCCUGUCGGUACCUCCUGCAGCACUACCUCGGUCACUUUCUGCAGGAGCGGUUGAGUUUGGACCAACUGGGCUUGGACCUGUACAAUGGUAGCGGUGACAUCAAGGACAUUCACCUGGACGUUUGGGCGGUCAAUGAGCUCCUGGACUCUCUUGGAGCUCCACUUGAGAUAGAAGAUGGGUUUGUAAAGAGAAUACAAGUGACCAUUCCCUGGCAAGCCCUUCUGACUGACCACUGCACCUUAGAAGUUUCUGGUCUACAGAUAACAUGUCGACCCAAGUACAGGACCAGCGGGGGUUGGGACUCCCAAGGGUGGUCGUCGAGUAUGACCUCAAGCAUGCAGCUGGCACAGGAGUGCCUGAAGGACCCCCCGGAGGCAUCAGAAGAGCCCCCUGCCCCCUUGGAGGGGCUUGAGAUGUUUGCACAGACCAUUGAGACGGUGCUCCGUCGUAUUAAAGUCACCUUCCUAGACACUAUUGUUCGCAUCGAGCACCAGACCCUGGACCUGGAAACAGGCGUUGCCUUAGAGGUGCACAUUAAACGGCUGGAGUACUUUGACGAGGCGGUUCGGGAUCCAGCGAGUCAGACUACUGUGCCUGUAGACAUCCACCAGCCGCCGGCCUUCCUGCACAAGAUCCUGCAGCUCAGUGCUGUUCAGCUCUUCUACGACAGUGUGGGCCCCCAGAGACAUCCUGAAGAGUUACGCCCCAAUCCACCUCAAGCUAGUGAAGGAGAGGAUGAUGAAGAUGAGGAGGAGGAAGGGGGAGAAGAGACAAAAUCUUGUCAUGCCCCUCCAUCUCAACCACUGCUCAUUGGAAGCUGCUCUGGAUUCAUUGAGACGACUGUGAAGAUCAAGCAGAAUGAGAUGCUGUCUGGACCACAGUUUGAUUUGGAUGGGAAGGUUGGAUGUGUCCACCUGCUGCUGUCGCCGGACCAAAUAACUCAUCUGAAUGACCUGAUGGCUGCUCUCUGCAUUCACACCGAGCCAGAAAAGAAGUGUGGAGGGGUACACAGCCGGCCGCUAGACUCUGAUGAUUUGCGAAUGAUCGAGGAAGACCUCAGCAAGCAGUUGGGAUCCAGCCCUAAAGACAAAGACUGGGACGCUGACUCUGAUUUGGACCCCUACGAAACCACUCUUGAGAACGGAGUCGCUUCAGAAAUGUUCUAUUCGAUGGGACCAGCAGGAAUGAACAGCAGCAUGACAUCAGUGCGAUCAGGCAGCGAACUGUCAGACAGUGACAUGGAGUCGUCUACUCACAGUCUGUCCAGUCUUGCUCAGCCGGCAGCUCUGUCUGCACAGGGCAUGAUGAACUGUCCAAGAAGGUAUCCUGUAGCUGGCUGCCUGACAAGUCUUCCACAGACCAGCCACAGAGUCAGAGCAUGCUCACAAGCAGAGCAGAUGAAGCCUGACUCUCUUCUGAGACUCACUGUCGGUGGACUGACGCUCACCUUGCUGCAGGAAGAUCCCCCUGCCACAGCCGAUGGAGCCUCCUCAUUGGCUCAGGUUUCCGAGGUGUUUUUCGAACAACUUGGUUCCUUCAAGGACAGCAUGUUUAGUGAAAGAGACUUCCAUCAUCUAAGAGGUGGAUUUGAAAAAGCCUGUCCACAAUCCCAUUUAAGACUGACAGGAGCAGCAGUGCAGGUUGCAUGUGAAAUGCGGAGUGGGCGGCGGCACAGUCACACGGUGACUUCGGACGUUUCCUUCAGCAGACUGGAGCUGUUAGAGUGUCUCUGGGAAAAUGGCAAGCCUCAGUACAGUGAGCUCCUCCAAUUCAAGAACGCUGGUCUCUUCAAAAUUGGAACUGCUGCCAGACCGUGUGCCCAGCUGCACUACAGUCUGACUGAAAGACACCUACGCAAGGGUAAACAGCGUGUGGUGCGGAAGGACACUGUCGUGCAUGUGGAUCUGGCUGAACUGGCUGCUGAGCUGGACCUGGACAUCAUCAGUCGCCUGGGAAACCUGAGCAGAGCUUUUAGUUACAGCCCGCCUCAGCCUCCCAGACCAAGAUCCGCUCCGAUACAAAACACAGAGAUGUGGUCGUCCUUUACCCUCAAGUCACCCCACACCGUCGUCAGGCUACGAUUCCCCAUAGCAGACUUGAGGCCGCUGUCAGAGCGUAAGCCAUUCACUCAGCGAUCCGUCCGCAAGGAAACUCUAGUUUUAGAGUUCUCAGAGCUGGAGGUGAAGCACCAAGAGGCGCCAGAUCUUCAGACGGAGCAGCCGGCUGCAGGUCAACCGUUUGCCCCGUGCCUGACACAGCUGCUGGAGGCAUCCUUCACUGACUUGCAUGGAACAUAUGAGGGCUGGGAGGGCGGCUCCUUCCCCUGUAUCAGAGUGAAGAAGAGCCGGGACUCUGUUCCAAGGAUAUCAGUCAGGGUGCGUGGUGGCGAGGCUCAGAGCCAAGCGGCAGGUCUGGCUGGUAUGAAUAUGGGCCUCGGCAGAGAGCUCGGCGCCGCCUUCUUCGAAAGCCACUGUGAACUUCCCGACAAAACCAGCUCCCCGUUCUCCUCCAACCGGACUAUGUUUGAGACUGAGGAGAUGGUGAUCCCGGCAGACCCGGAGGAGAUGUGUCAGUUCCAGGCUCAGUGUGUUGCUCAGUGUCAAUGUGCGGUCGACAUCAGCUUUCCUCUGGCUUUCAUCCUUCUGCCCAGUAAACAGGCUUUUCAAAGCAUCUACAACAGGCUCAAUAAUGACCUACUGAUGUGGGAGCCUCCACCCCCUCCUCCCUCACCUGAAACCCCCAAACACAGCGGCCAUCAGCAUGAUGAAUUCCAGCUCUGCAAAUCAGCCCUUCGGCUUGACUCAGACUCUGAAGAGGACGAGAAUCAGUUCUACUUGGCAAGCGAUUCAUCCGGACGAAAAAAGUCAGUGACCAGUCUCAACCACAACCUCAGCCUCCUCUCGCUCACCGUCAUCAUCGACAAGGGUCGCCUGCAAGCCAGAACUGACAAGAAGGAGGAUGACAGUUAUGGAGAAAUUGUCCUUGAUCUUGAUGGAGGGAAGAUAUUCAGUGUGGCGCAGCACCAGAACAACCCUAAUCUGAACUUUCUGUGUGUGGAGAGCAAGCGAGUGGAGCUCUAUCAUAAAGCGGUUGUAAAAGGGGCCACCAUUCCAGAGAGGAUAGAAAUGCCCAACUUCAAUUCACCAAAACAUCUGGAUCCAACCAUCUACCCGACAGAGUUGGGAGUCAGCAGCGUUAGUGGCAGAGAAGGGGAAGUGCAGAUGUUGUCAACUGCCAUAAAAAUCACCCUUGAUCCUCAAAGGAAUGUCAAAGAAUUUCUGGUCGCCCUUCGCCUUCAAGGUGCAACGAUGCGGCAUUACAUGGCGCAGACCAACCACAGCUGGCAUGAGCAGCUUGUUGACUUCCUGGAUGUUGUUGAUGACCCCAUCCUUGGAUACACCGCACCUGCUGUCAUCACCGUCCUCCACACACAUCUUGCUACAUGUGCUGUAGACUAUAGACCUCUUUAUCUCCCACUGCGAUUCCUGUUCACAGCCGAGUCCUUUUCUCUCUCGAGUAACAUCAUAGUCGAUACUGCCACGUUCCAUCUCAGAUUCAUCCUGGAUGACUCUGCUCUCUACCUCUCUGACAAAUGUGAGAGUGAUACAGUGGAUCUUAGGAGAGACUAUGUUUGUGUGCUGGAUAUCGACUUGUUGGAGCUCGCUAUCACCACAUGGAAGGGCACAGAAACCGGCAAACUGCUGCAGCCCCUUUUCGAGCUGCGUUGCUCCAACAAUGUGGUUCAUCUUCACACCUGUGCGGACUCCUGCGCUGCCCUGGUCAACAUGCUGCAGUACCUGGUCUCUCAGGGAGACCUGCACCCUCCACCAAAACACACCUCACCCACCGAAAUCGCUGGUCAGAAGUUGCCGAUGACGGAAAGUCCUGUCUGCGCGCUGCCCUGCCCUCCUGCUGAGACAGCUGAGAUUAACCAAUGUGACCUGGCAGAUGCCUUAAUCGACACGGAGAAGACUCAGCAAGAGGAGGGGUUGCAUGCAGGUUCACCAUCCAUGCCGAGAGGUUCUCCAGUCUCAGUGUACCUGUUUCCUGGCGAAGCGUCGAGGCAAAGCCCCUCAUCACUGCAUGUAGACGAUGCUGAGAUUGAUGGGAUGGUUGCUACGGCGACAGAAGCCCAAGCAGAUAUGAUGUCAGAAGAAGAAUCCGAAGGCUCCACAGACAAUGAUGACUUCUGUAUUUUGGAAGCUCCUGGCAUGGGCAUCCCUCCCAGAGACGGAGAGCCAGUGGUGACAGUUUUGGCGCAGGGUCCAAUUCGGGUCAAGGACAACCACUUUUCCAGACCCCGUGGCAGCGCGGAUCUUCUCCGCGCGCCAAGUCGCUUCCCUGUGCCCCAGAGCAGAGUGGUGCUGCGGGAAAUCUCUGUCGUCUGGCAUCUGUACGGAGGCAAAGACUUUGGAGGGAAGCCCAUGUCCAUACACUCCCAGCAUCCCAACAGGGGUCGCCCUGUCUCUGCUGGUAUUCGUGGCUCCCCGUCUCGAACGGUCAGUUCCUCACGUCCACAAAAUUCUUGGCGCUGGACUGGAGGCAGUGGGCGACAACAUAAUCUCCUGAUGGAGAUCCAGCUCACAAAGGUGUCCUUCCAGCACGAGUCAUACCCUGUGGCAAUGGGAACUGGGCAGGAAGGAGACAGGCCCCUAGCAGCUGGGGUGGGGCCCGGCAACGAACAGCCCAUCUCCAGACAGGUUUUCAUCGUCCAGGAGCUGGAGGUCAGAGACCGUUUAGCCUCCUCCCAAAUCAACAAGUUCCUCUACCUCUACACCAGCGAGAGCAUGCCACGCAGAGCCCACUCCAACAUGUUGACCGUGAAGGCCCUGCAGGUGUCUCCAGAGUCUGGUCUUGGUGGUCCAGAAUGUUGUCUCAGAAUCAGUCUGCUUCCACUACGACUCAACAUUGAUCAGGAUGCUUUGUUUUUCCUGAAAGAUUAUUUUAGUAAUUUAGCUUCAUCGGUUAACCCCUACCUGCCUGUGGACCCCGCCACUGAAGUGAAGGCUGAUCUGUCACAGAGGACUUCUGAGGAGGGGGAGUUGGCCGCAGCUCUGGGUCCGGACCUCACAACAUCUGUGGAGACCACCUACAGUGAACAAAGCUCCUCCUCCGCUGGAUCCACGUCGUCCGCUGACCAGCCAAUCUACUUUCGUGAGUUCCGGUUCACCUCUGAAGUGCCUAUCUGGCUGGAUUACCAUGGCAAGCACGUCGUCAUUGAACAGGGGACAUUUGCGGGAAUUCUGAUCGGACUGGCUCAGCUGAAUUGUUCUGAGCUGAAGCUGAAGAGACUCUGCUGCAGACACGGCCUCCUGGGUGUUGACAAAGUCAUCCAGUACGCGGUCACCGAGUGGCUGACAGACAUCAGGAAAAAUCAGCUGCCUGGAAUUUUGGGAGGAGUUGGUCCGAUGCACUCUGUUGUUCAGCUGUUUCAUGGAGUGAGGGAUCUCUUCUGGUUGCCUAUUGAGCAAUACAGAAGAGAUGGACGCAUCAUCCGAGGUCUCCAGAGGGGGGCAGCAUCCUUCGGCACCUCCACUGCUUCUGCUGCUCUGGAGCUCAGCAACAGGCUGGUGCAGGCCAUCCAGGCCACAGCGGAGACGGUGUACGAUAUCUUGUCUCCCACGCCCCCCCUGAAUCGAUUCGCCAUCACAGAAGGGCGAGCCCCCACCAGCCGUCCUCGCAGAGCCGCCCAGCCUGCAGAUCUGCGAGAAGGUGUAGCCAAAGCCUACGACACUGUCCGAGAGGGAGUGAUCGACACAGCUCAGACCCUCUGCGAUGUAGCGUCCCGCGGCCACGAACAAAAGGGCCUCCCCGGUGCUGUGGGCGGCGUCCUGCGACAGAUCCCGCCCACUGUGGUCCGACCUUUAAUCGUGGCAUCCGAAGCCACCUCCAAUCUGCUGGGCGGCAUGCGGAACCAGAUCAAGCCGGAUGCCAGGAAGGAGGAUUUUCUGAAGUGGCGAACGGAAGACAGCCAAGAAUGAUGACUGUUCUCGUGAGAAUGUGUACAUGUGUGUGAUUUUACCUGACGGAGUGAAGGCAGGCGUGAAUGAGUCUUUGCAUGUGUGUAUGGACUUCAAACAGCCAGUCUGUGGGCUUCAUGACUGCACCUACUGAUGCUCCCGAAUCGUACACAGGCAGCAUUUUCUUCUUUUGUGUGAAUCUCCUGGGUCACUCAUGCAGCAUAUCUUGCAUAUUUUCAUGCAAACAUAUCCAACUAGUCACUUCAAUUUUAAAUCUAACCUGAAGAAAUCUCACUGGCUUCCUCCUUGAGAGUUAACCUGUCGUGGCAUAGUGAGGUCCUGAGUUUGCUCCUGUAUCUGGCUUUUAACACGAGUAAAAAUACAGUUGUUAAAUGAGAUGGUCCCUGUUAAAGUUGACAUUUAAUGAGCGUUGUUCAUGUCAGAUGUCUCGACUGGCGCCUUUACUGAACCCUUCGAUAUUUCAGCACAACCAUGUAUUAUUGGUUCAGUAUUGAUCCCCUGUGCACCUGCUUCCCUUCAUCUCUUUAUGUGUGCCAUAAACUUAGUGCCCUUUACCAGCUUGUGUUGCCUUUCUCAGUGCUGCGUUGCCCUUUCUCUGACUCGGAUCCUUUAACUUCCACUGUAUUGCAGAUGAGCCAGUGCAUCUUCAUGGUGAAUACUAUCCCUCUGAGAUUCUGUUAUUUUAAUCCCAAACUUCUGUUUCCACCGUGACCUUUGAUCUCUGUCCUGAUGUUUUCCUCUGUAGUUGCCUUCCUAUACGUCUUUUUUUUACUUAAACUGUUUUAGUUGUUAAAACUGUUGAUUGAUUCUAAAGACGAAUGAUGAGUGAGGAAACUGUGGUUAAAAACUUUUACAUUUUUAUCUCUUAUGUUGAAAGCGUGGAAGGUAGAUGUCUCCAUCGAUGUGAGUGCGAGAGGUGUUGAUGGCUGCGAGUGUAUGAGGAAACGCUUGUGUGCAGUUGCUAUUACUAUAUCAAAAAAAGUACGAAUGGCUUGUUCGAAACAUUAAAGUAAGAAAUGUACAAAAUUAAUAAAAGAAAAAUAAGACUCUUGUUUAAAAA